UUCUGCUUUUGUGUUUUAUUUUUAACGAAAUUCUGGUUUGUAUUUUUCCUGUAUUUUUCUGGAAAUUCUGAUUUGUAAUUGUAUUUACUUUAUUAAAAUUCUGAUUUGUAUUUCUGAUUUUCCUUUUAAAAUUCUGGUUGUAUUUUUCGCAAGCUUUUACAGAAUUCUGGUUUGUGUUUAUCUUUUAACUAAAUUCUGAUUUGUGUUUUUCAUGUAUUUUUCCUGAAAUUCUGAUUUGUAAUUUCUGGUUUCUGGUUUUGUAUUAUAAUUAGUUAUCUUUACUUUUAUGCUUUUCUGUUUUGUAAUUCUGAUUUGUAUUUUUGUGUACUUUUAAGUUGUUUUGUUAAAAUUCUGAUUAUAAUUUUUAAUUCUGAAAAAAAUUUAACUAGCUACUAACUAUACUUACUGAAACUUGAAUUUUAUUUUAAAAACUUGGAGUUUUUCCCCUGUAAUAAAGCUCUAACCUAUUCUUUUCUUAAUCAAGCUUAUGAUUUAUUUUCUUUUUCUGGAUUAAAAAUACAAACUUAUAAAAUAAUUUUUUUACAAAUCUCCCUCCAUCAUUUUUUAUUUCACCGAUCACGUCAUACACAAAUUCCAACAAAAACUAUUCCCCUCUUUGGUUCGCCCAAUAUAGCUCUUGCGCAAAUUCCUAGGUAAAUAUACAAUAUAGCCUUGUAAACGCCCAAAAAAGGGGAAAAGGGGAAAAGAUGUUUAGUAAGUUUUAACUUUAUGUGAUUCAACGUUUUGCGCAAUUCAUUUUUAAAUUUUUUGUUGAAUAUGCGUAAAUGAAGGGGGAUGAUUAAGAAAAAGACUAAAAGAGUGGAACACAUCAAGAAAAAAAUUUUUUCCCCCUAAACUUAUGGCCGUAGACAUAAAUAAAUAAAAUUAAUAAAAAUAGAAAAAGGGAGGCGAUAAUUAAAAAAUUGUGAAAAAAGUGUGUAGAAGGAACUAAAUUUAUGCUUAGGAAUGUGAUUUUAACUAUACGCCCCUUUAUUAGAAUUUAACUAUAAAAGAAGGUAGAAUGUGGGGAGAAGAACAGUCUCGACUAAUUUCUAUAAAUAAACUUUAAAUAAAACUACAAUCUUAAAAAUAAUUUACAAACUUAAAAAUAACAACAUAAAAUAAAAUUACAAUUUGUAAAAAAAUAAACUUGAAAUUACAACAUUACAAAUUUUGUAUUCAAGUUUGUAAUUAAAAUAAACUUAAACAGCCUAUUUUGCAACUUAACUACAAAUUGUAAAAUAAAUAAACUUGUCCCCAACUUUUCAACUUAACUUCAAGUCUGCAAAAAAUAAAUAAACUUGCUUCAAGUUUGCAAAAAUAAACUUCAAGUUUAAACUUAACAACAAGCUUAUAAACUAAAUAAACUUGCUUCAAGUUUGCGAAAAUAAAUAAACUUGUUUCAAGUUUGCAAUAAUAAAAUUCAAGUUUUAACAACAACAACAACAAGAACAAAAAUGCUCAAAAUACAAUUACAAAAAGCUUUACAUUUCGCAAAAUCAAAAUUUACAAUUACAACAAAAGGAGUUGACAAAAAUUGUGUGGACAGGAAAAGCAGCAGAAUGGCUAUAAUUUACCCAGUGGAUGAACAAUUAAUUUUAAAAACAACAAAAAACUCAAAAAAUCAAAGGUGUCAGAAGAAAAAUAGAAAGGAAGAAAAUGAAGAAGAAAAUAAUAAUAUUUUUUACAGCAAUUUUUUAAUUUAUCAUUUAAAUUGA